CUUCUGAUUGGCUGCGCGGUGUAAACACCAUAAGCGCUUCAGUUCAUUGGUCAACAGUCACUCAGUCGAAGCGUGCGGCAAACGUUACAAAACGAUAGAGUAAAAAUGAGUCUCCGGAAGCAGACACCAAGUGAUUUCCUGAAGCAGAUCAUUGGGAGACCAGUGGUGGUGAAGCUGAACUCUGGUGUCGAUUACAGAGGAGUCCUGGCUUGCCUUGACGGCUACAUGAAUAUCGCCGUGGAACAGACAGAGGAAUAUGUCAAUGGCCAGCUGAAGAACAAGUAUGGAGAUGCAUUUCUCAGAGGAAACAAUGUGUUAUACAUCAGCACCCAGAAGAGGAAGAUGUGAAGCCAUUUUACUUGUUUCUUUAUUCAUUAUUACACAAGUAAAUUGUUUACUGUCGAUAUUCCUAAUCCUUUGUUAGCUGACGAUAAUGUUCGAUAAGUUUGUUUCAUGUUUUGUAACACAAAAUUUGGUGUAUUGCAGAGUGAUGCAUUAAAUUUGUUUUUCCAACAAUA